AUGAGCCACAAGACAGAGUUCGUGCUCCUCUUCAAUCCAAACAUAGAAGAGAACCAUCUACCAGAUUGGCUCGAAGCCCACGAAGGACGUAUAGACAUGCUCGACGCCCUAAGGGGUGGUAGCAGAAAUGCCCAGGGACUCAUCAGAUCCACUAAGAUGAAUGAAGCGCCUUUGGUCUUCUCUGGAAUGGCCAAUGGGGUUGAGCAAGAGGAUGACCCGGAAGUAAGGAGCGUCCCCCUCUUCAAGCAUCGAAAUUUCGAAGCUCCAAACACACUCACAAACCGUCCGUUUGAUGCACCAAUCGCAGUUGCAGAACAAUCAUCGGCAGGUGUGCGACUUCGUGCUAGCGACUGUACAGUCGAUCUACUCGCUUAUAGAUUCGCGAAAUUCAACUUUUUCGUUGCAUCUCUCUUGCGGCACACAGAAGCCUAUACCGUAGCCCACCAGCUGCAGGAGACGAUCCUGCGGAACGUUCCCUUUUGCAGUCGAACACACAUUGUGACAGCGAUCUCUACACCCUCUGCUGGCAGGGCAACAAACUGUAACCACGUGGCUGACGUCACCUGUUCUCGCUUCGAGUUCUUCUGA